AUGAGUGGCGGAGAUCGAGGCUCCCAGAUGAGUGGUGGAGAUCGAGGCUCCCAGAUGAGUGGUGGAGAUCGAGGCUCCCAGAUGAGUGGUGGAGAUCGAGGCUCCCAGAUGAGUGGCGGAGAUCGAGGCUCCCAGAUGAGUGGUGGAGAUCGAGGCUCCCAGAUGAGUGGUGGAGAUCGAGGCUCCCAGAUGAGUGGUGGAGAUCGAGGCUCCCAGAUGAGUGGUGGAGAUCGAGGCUCCCAGACGAGUGGCGGAGAUCGAGGCUCCAAGACGAGUGGUGGAGAUCGAGGCUCCCAGAUGAGUGGUGGAGAUCGAGGCUCCCAGAUGAAUAGCUUGACCCUGAGGCAGUGUACGUGUGUAGCGACGCACCGCGGGAGAGCACCAGGCACCGCGGGAGAGCACCAGGCACCGCAGGAGAGCACCAGGCACCGCGGGAGAGCACCAGGCACCGCGGGAGAGCACCAGGCACCGCGGGAGAGCACGAGGCACCGCGGGAGAGCACAAGGCACCGCGGGAGAGCACCAGGCACCGCAGGAGAGCACGACGCACCGCGGGAGAGCACCAGGCACCGCGGGAGAGCACCAGGCACCGCGGGAGAGCACCAGGCACCGCAGGAGAGCACCAGGCACCGCGGGAGAGCACCAGGCACCACGGGAGAGCCGACUAGAUCUUGAGCCAGGUGUUAACAUGACGCCGUGGGACAAUCUUUCAACCCGUGAGGUAAACACUCCUCCAGCGCCAUCUCUAAGACACGCCCGGAAGCCUGGUCGUUCACAUCUAGCACAGUGGUCGUCGUCGUCGUCGCCCCCACACCUGCGCGGGUCGCAGCACCACGUCAGAUCUCUAAGCAUUUGA